AUGUUCAAAUCAUAUCGCUAUCACCCCAAUUAUUCGCAAGACGUUGCUGGUGGCUUCCUGUCUCUCACUUACAGCCAUCAGAUUGACCCUGAGAAACCUCUGUGCAGAUUUGAAGCAGUGGGUGGCACCUGUAACGAUCCCCACUGCGACGGGCAGCAUUUCCGAGAGAUGAAAAUCAGUGGUGAUAAGCUCCUCGUCCAACUGGGAACUGCGAACCCUGGAAAGACGCCUGAGGAGAGGCAGCAGUGGAACGAUGGCCUAAAACUCGUCCUUCAGGAACUUCGGCGGAAGAGCAUCAAGGAUCCCAAUGGAAUUGCGGUUGAGAUCGCCAAUUACCGCCGCCAGUUCCUCAAAGACGAUACCCGCGUGGUCAAUCUCUGA